AGACAACACGACCAACAUGACACCAUUAAAAAUGCUAGAAUUCUAUUCUGGCAUAGGAGGCAUGCAUUAUGCAGCAACCUUGGCCGAUUGGGAUUUUGAAGUAGUGAAAGCUUUUGACAUUAACAAUGUUGCUAACGACAUCUAUAAGCAUAAUUUCGGUCCCAAAACAGUUGGACAGCGUCAGAUUGAAGCCUUGACACUAGAGUACUACGACAAAGUAGCUGCUGAUAUUUGGACCAUGUCACCGCCGUGUCAGCCUUAUUCAAGACUUGGUUUGCAAAAGGGAAGCCAAGAUGCCCGUUCUAGAAGCUUUUUGCAUUUGCUUCAAGUGUUGGAGGGUAUGAAGAAUCGACCCAAAUAUAUCCUUGUAGAAAACGUCAAAGGGUUUGAGGAAUCGGACUCCCGUGAUUUACUUGUGGAUUCUUUGAACCGCUGUAAUUACACGUUUCAAGAAUUCUUGCUGACACCGUUACAACUCGGUAUCCCCAACUCCCGGAUGCGUUAUUACUUGCUCGCCAAGCAGAAACCAUUGUCAUUUGUUCAACCACCAACAAACACAAUUCUCGGUUUUAUUCCUAAAUCAACACACAUGUCUACAGAAUUCAUCGAUAAUCGAACACGGACUUUGGAUAACGAGGAUGCAUUAGUUGCAUUAUCAGCUGUUCAAAUUGGAAGCGUGUCCAGAUAUCUUGAACCCGAAGCCACAGUUAAUUUUGACUCGCAUGCCAUACCGGACAAGACCUUGUUAAAACAUGGCCACGUAUUCGAUAUUGUAAAACCAAGUACACACCGAAGUUGUUGCUUUACCAAAGGGUACUAUCAUUACGCUGAAGCAACGGGGUCUAUCUUACAAAUGAAUGAAGACCUGUUGACGGCUGAAACAUUUGAUAAGGCAGCAGAGGCGAAAAAUAAGGGCAAUGAACAAGAAGCAUUGGAAUUAUUACGAUCUUUAAGAUUACGAUACUUUACUCCCAGAGAAGUCGCCAAUUUGAUGGGAUUCCCUGACACUUUUACAUUCCCAGACUCUUCAACAAUCAAGCAACGGUACCGGACACUAGGAAAUAGUAUCAAUGUACGCUUAGUAUCAGAACUUAUGUCAUACUUGAUGAAAACCCCAAAUAAAUCAUGAUAGCC